AUACAUUCAGUUUAGACUAGCGGAGGACAGAGAAAGGCUGACUAUUUAAUUUACACUCAGUUUGACAGGGAAUGUUUUGCAUAACCUGCUGGCAAGGAUGGGUAUCAUGAUUCUGAUUUUGGUCACUUUGACCUGUGUUGGCCGUGUCUAUGGACAAGAAAGCUACGCAGGUGAAAACAUCACCCGUAUUCUGGACCGACUACUAGAUGGUUAUGACAACCGGUUGCGGCCAGGAUCCGGAGGUAUGAUUACAGAGGUGAAAACAGAUAUCUUUGUCACCAGCUUUGGACCAGUAUCAGACGUGGAAAUGGAGUACACCAUCGACAUGUUCUUCAGACAGACCUGGGUGGACGAGAGGCUGAAGUACGACGGCGCAGUGGAGAUCCUGCGUCUCAACAACAAGAUGGUGGAUAAGAUCUGGACACCCGACACGUUCUUCAGGAACUCCAGGAAGUCCAUCGCACACAAUAUGACCACUCCCAACAAGCUGUUCCGCAUCAUGCAGAACGGGACCGUCCUCUAUACCAUGAGACUAACCAUCAGUGCAGAGUGUCCCAUGAGUCUCAUGGACUUCCCUAUGGACGGACACGCCUGUCCUCUCAAGUUCGGCAGCUAUGCGUACACGAGCAGUGAGAUCACCUUUACCUGGAGGAAGGGUCUGGAAUCUUCUGUAGACUGUCCUCAGGAGUCUAUCAGUCUGCUCCAGUAUGACCUGGUGGGACAGAGGUUAUCCAUGGAGACGUUCAAAUCUAAAACAGGUAUCUACUCUGUCAUGGUAGUUCAUUUUCUACUACAGAGGAAGCUAGGCUACUACCUGAUUCAGACGUACAUCCCUCUGAUUAUGGUGGUGGUGCUGUCGCAAGUAGCCUUCUGGAUCAACAAAGAGUCUGUCCCUGCACGCACUGUGGCUGGCAUCACCACGGUCCUCACCAUGACAACCCUCAGCAUCAGCGCCCGCCAGUCUCUGCCCAAGGUGUCCUACGCUACAGCCAUGGACUGGUUCAUCGCCGUGUGUUUUGCGUUUGUGGCGUCCGCGCUCAUCGAGUUUGCCGCCGUCAACUACUUGGCCACGCUUGAGGCCAACAGACUGAAGAAGAGGAACGCCAGGCAGAACAAACUGAAGGUCCUGGCUGAAGCAAGUUAUGAUGAGGAGGAUGAUGAGAGUGCUUCAUCUCCCCUCUCAGAGAGAGGGGGCCUGAAGAAGAGGUAUAACUCCAUAUCCCAGAGUGAGAUGGACACUGGCCCCUCGGUGCCCAUCUUCCUGCAACAGGGUUCAGCUGUGCCCCCCAUCCCAGCGCUGGCUGGCACCAGCCCAAUAGACCAGUACUCCCGCAUCAUGUUCCCCCUGGCCUUCGCACUCUUCAACCUCUUCUACUGGAUCAUAUACCUGGGCAAGGACACCAUGGAACAGGCCAGAGAUGAUUGACCCUCUUGCACCAACUGAUGUGUCAUCUACGGGGAAUGUUCUGCAGAGACCUUGUUCAUUCAUCUCUGUCCUUCGCUCAACCAACAAGUACUCAACGUACACACUACUUUCAGUCCACACAGGAAAUGAAUAUGAAAAAAUGUAUAUUUUCCGACCACAUGUCUAUUCUGUUCACAUGAGGUGUCCUUGUCGUUGACAGAGCUUUGCUUUAAAAAUGGAUGCAUUUGUAACUUAUGAUUCUCCAGCAUCGUAAGUACGUGGGGGGGGUGUACCAUAAGUACCCCCCCCCCACACACACACAAACAAACAAACGGAGAAACACACAAAUAAAAAAAAAGUGGAUGAUAUAUUCUAUGAUGUCUGUAACUGGUGAUGCAACAUUGAACCAAUGCUGGUCAGAAACCUGCUGUGCUCUACAGAGUCACAGGCCCCACUACAACACUGAUCCAAGAGAUCCUCUCAUCCCCCUCUCCUCUCCUCAUCCCCCUCUCCUCUCCUCAUCCCCCUCUCCCCACCCUCCUCUCCUCAUCCCCCUCUCCCCACCCUCCUCUCCUCAUCCCCCUCUCCUCUCCUCAUCCCCUCUCACCCUCCUCUCCUCUCCUCUCCUCAUCCCUUUCUCCUCUCCUCAUCCCCCCUCUCCUCUCCUCAUCCCCCUCUCCCCACCCUCCUCUCCUCAUCCCCCUCUCCUCUCCUCAUCCCCUCUCAUCCUCCUCUCCUCUCCUCUCCUCAUCCCUUUCUCCUCUCCUCAUCCCCCUCUCCUCUUCUCAUCCUCCUCUCCUCUCCUCAUCCCCCUCUCCUCGUGCCUUUCUCCUCUCCUCUUCUCAUCCUCCUCUCCUCAUCUCAUCCCCCUCUCCUCUCCUCUCCUCACCCCCUCUCCUCUCCUCAUCCUCCUCUCCUCUCCUCAUCCCCCUCUCCUCUCCUCAUCCCCUCUCAUCCUCCUCUCCUCUCCUCAUCCCUUUCUCCUCUCCUCAUCCCCCUCUCCUCAUCUCAUCCCCCUCUCCUCUCCUCUCCUCACCCCUCUCCUCUCCUCAUCCUCCUCUCCUCUCCUC